UGUCUGGGUACAUGCUAGUGUGUUUAGUUCAUACUGUCUGGGUGCAUGCUAGUGUGUUUAGUUCAUACUGUCUGAGUACAUGCUAGUGUGUUUAGUUCAUACUGUCUGGGUACAUGCUAGUGUGUUUAGUUCAUACUGUCUGGGUACAUGCUAGUGUGUUUAGUUCAUACUGUCUGGGUACAUGCUAGUGUGUUUAGUUCAUACUGUCUGGAUACAUGCUAGUGUGUUUAGUUCAUACUGUCUGGGUACAUGCUGGUGUGUUUAGUUCAUACUGUCUGAGUACAUGCUAGUGUGUUUAGUUCAUACUGUCUGGGUACAUGCUAGUGUGUUUGUUAACUCUGUCUGGCUACUUGUUUUCAGGGAGAGUUGAGCCACCAGUCUUGACAGUGGACUCCUCUACUAAUGGUACAUGUAAUGUGACUGUGACCUGCAGAGGUCAGAACACCACUGUCACCUCCAUCUGUAACAGCAGCACCUGUUCUCAGGUGGGAGGAGGGAGUAGUGGGGCUGAGACCUCCACUGUCUCCCUGCUCUCUAUCUAUGUGGCAGGGGAUAGCAUCAUCUGUAACCACAGCAACCAAGUCAGCUGGGCCAACGACAACAAGGAGAUAGCAUUGAUUUGUUUAUCUGUUCAUCCAGGACCAGAAUUAAAAUGGGAAAAAUAUCUUCUCAUCACUGCAAUACCUGCCACCAUCAUAUUACCGAUCAUAAUCAUCCUUAUAAUUUAUUUUUUAUGCCGAAAGCGAAAUAAAAGUGGAAAAAGGGAUAUUGUAAAUACAGAUUAUGCUUCAGUGGGGGCUUCAGUAAAUGGCGGAGCAGGUGGUGGGAAGCAGGUGAAUCAGUUCUCAGGUCCAGAAUCUCCUACCAUCUACAGUCUGGUGCAACGUGUGGACAGCCCCACCAUGCAGGGAGACCCGCCUGUGGAACAACCUAUGACCCACAAGCCCCCUGAGAGUAUAUAUGCUAUGGUAGAGAAACAUUCCAGCAGGCAAUAAUUAGCUAUUUCAACACAGUUUUAGGACGUAAUUUUAUCAGCUGGUCUGCUAUGAACUUGUUAAGGGGCAAAUAGUGCAAAUGUUUGCUUAUUAUGAGUACAUUUAGUUUAGAUUUUAUUUCUAAUAUGUCAUCAUCAUCAUCAUCUUCCGCUUA